GCUCGUACAUAGUAUACGCGCCGAUGGAUAUCAUGGCCAUGUCAAAAAUCUUGAAUGGUGGUAACCCAAAAUUUGUAUCUAUUUUGCCAUCAGGGUUCAGCAUUAUGCCUGAUAAGGCACCUGGGCAAGGAGAUGGAGCCGUGGGAAGUAUCUUAACCCUAGCGUUUCAAAGCGUCGACAGAUUAAGCAACAAGGAAUAUAUGCCUCAGUCGACGCUGAAAAUCAUUGAUGCUAUCUUAUCAACAACCGUUGCUUCAAUCAAGGAUGCUAUGCUAUUUGGCAUAAGGUAUUAAUGGCUUCUUUCGAAGUUGUUGAGAAUGUAAGCUAUGUAAACCAAGGAGUUCAAAUAGAAACUUUAAUAUAAUAUUAUCUGCAAACUGUAGCUUUCUUAAAGGA